CAGGUGUCCAACAACGUAAGAAUUGUUUCCAGCCUCAAACCAAAGAAACAUGCCACAGGCCCAAGUAAAUACUUUCCACGUGGUCGACUACAUUGUCUUCGCUGGCACUUUGCUAGUCUCAGCUGGCAUCGGCGUUUACUCGGCAUUCACGGGCGGCCAUCAGAAAACAACGGCAGAGUUCCUGAUGGCCAACAGACAGAUGGGAGCCAUUCCUGCUUCCAUGUCCCUGCUUGCCAGUUUCAUGUCUGCCAUCACGUUGCUGGGGACGCCAAAGGAAAUGUACGUGUAUGGGACCGAAUACCUGUGGCUGGCCUUCAGCUACUUGUUGGUUAUUCCGGUAGCAGCACAUCUCUUUCUGCCCAUCUUCUUCAGGCUUAAGGUGACCAGUGCCUAUGAGUACUUGGAGAUGCGUUUCAAUAAAGCGGUGCGCAUUGCUGGAUCUCUCACUUUUAGCCUGCAAAUGAUACUAUACAUGGCUAUCGUACUGUACGCGCCAUCUUUGGCAUUGGAACAAGUGACACAAUUAAACAAAUGGAUCGCUGUUGCGUCUGUGGGUGUCGUCUGCAUCUUUUAUACAAGCAUAGGUGGCAUCAAGGCGGUUAUGUGGACAGACACCUUUCAGAUCUGUAUGAUGUUUGCCGGUCUGCUGGCGGUACUCAUACAGGGGUCCAUUGAACUUGGCGGCUUUGGAAACGCUUGGGAAAAGAACAUAGAAGGAGAGAGAAUCAAUUUUCUUGAUUUUGACCCAGAUCCCCGUGAGCGGCAUACAGUUUGGACGUGUGUGUUUGGCGGGUUCUUUACCUGGCUGGCUGUGUACGGUGUUAACCAGGCUCAGGUACAGAGAGCUCUCACAGUGGUCGACCUCAAGAGAGCACAAAUUGCGUACUGGGUUAACGGACCUGGCUUGGGACUGAUCUUGAUAGUCAGUGCCAUGUCGGGAAUACUUAUCUAUGCACAUUACUUCGACUGUGAUCCUAAAACAAACGGGGACAUCUCAGACUUGGAUCAGCUGCUGCCCCUAUUCGUUAUGGACAAACUUGCAUUUUUACCUGGUCUUCCUGGCCUGUUUACGGCCUGCCUGUUUAGUGGGGCGCUCAGCACGAUCUCGUCGGGACUGAACAGCCUUGCCACUGUGUUCACACUUGAUCUCUUUGAGCAGUUCUGCUGCAAGAACAUGUCAGACAAAAGAGCCACCAUCACAUCCAAAAUCAUGUCGGUGGUCUUCGGUAUCCUCAUGAUGGGCUUAACAUACGUGGCAUCGCUUCUUGGAGGCGUUUUGCAGGCAGCUUUAGCUCUGUUCGGGAUGAUAGGAGGACCUCUCCUUGGCGUGUUUACACUUGGAAUGUUCUUUCCUUGGGCAAACUGGAAGGGAGCUCUCGCUGGCCUCAUCACCGGCCUGGUCAUGACGUUCUGGAUCGGCAUUGGUGCUCAGAUCUACAAACCAAUUCUCUGGACAGCCCCAGUGUCCACUGCUGGCUGUAAUGUCGCCAAUGCGACCAACUUGACCACUGUCAUGACCACCAGUCUCACGGGCGUGACGGCCACUUUGUCCACUACGCCAGUUACGACACCUGAACCUAUGCUGGGUGGUUUGUACAAUCUGUCUUACUUAUGGUACAGUGGAUUUGCUGUGUUGGUGGUAGUGGUGGUGGGGAUGUUGGUCAGCGCUGUCACAGGGUACACAGACCCAGAGAAGCUGGAUUACCGCCUGAUCUGCCCAGUGUUUGACGAGAUGUUCUGCUGCUUCCCAAAAUCCUGCCUCAAAACUUUCCGCUGUGGAGUUGACCACCACCCAGAGAAGUUCCACUACUGCUGUGUCUGCAAGGAUGUCGACAAAGAUGACAUUCAGGAUGAAGAGAUUGUUCUGGAAGCCACUGACCACAAGGAUAACAGCGCUGCUCUAAGCCUGACCAACUUGGCAUUUGAGAAAGAUGAAGAGGCAAAUCUAGCCACACAGAAUGGGCAUUUUAAAGGUGGGGAUCAUCCCCAGAAUCACAAGGGGGAUGAGGGCGGUAAAAAUCACAACCCAGCCACUCAAAAUGGUCAACUUGCUAAUGGGGUGGAACUUAUCCACAUCAAACAAUUUUGA